CUGUCUCCUGCUGCAGAUAACCUUGCAGAUUCGAUCCUUGAAAGCGUUCAGCAGUGAGUUAUCUUUAGCUGCUCCAUAUUUAUUUAUAUUGGACGCAACAGCUCCAUACCGUUCCAACCAGCCCGUCUUACCCGGUCUUACCCAUCGCCAAAUAAGUUUCACAAGUGUAACAAAACUGCACGAAAAUGGAAAGAGCGAAGAUGUUCUGCGACCGUUUACAACGGCUACCACCUGCUUCCACUUCUUUUUUAUUCGCUUUCUCCGCACAUUUCUCUCUUCCUCCUGUCAUGUGAUUGGAGGCAGCCAAUGAGGAGACACAACAGGAGCCCGGACAAACGUCGAAAUCGCGCUGGAGUUUUGAAUGAGAUGAGAUGCUUGCUGUGAUACUCGCGAAGAGUGUUCCGUUGUCCACUGUAUUUUCGUGAAAUGUGUGUGUGUGAGAUGGAUACGUGUUGCUGAUGUGCCGUCCGGGAAACAGAAAAGCAAGAUUCCUUGGAGCGCCUUGUUGUGGACAGGAUGACCUCUGACUGUCCACUCAGAAGAAUACAUCAACAUUUUCAUGGACCUGCCAUUGCUGCUCUUUUGUCUGUGCCUUUUCCCACUGCUGGGCCAGACAUUCAUCAUCACUCACGAAGAGGCAGACCAUUCAUUCACAAUCGAUUCAGGCACAGAUCUGGCUCCUGGGGGUGGAAGGACCGAUGAGUCUUCACAAUAUGUAGCAUUGACAACUCGAAGCAGCAUAUCCCCAGAAUCUCUUGCAGGUGAAACUACCAUGGUACAUCACGGUUUAGAAGCCCUUUCAGGCAACGGUGAUGUGGGAGCAAAGUCAGAAGCGAUACCAACAGCAAACGCUCCAGAAGUAUUCAGCGAGCCAGUGGACAUGGCAGACGAUUCCAAGAAUAAAGACAGUGAAGAAAAUAUGAAUGGAACAGACAUAACAAGAGUGAAUGAUAAAAACAGUACACUUAGCCACGGCCAUAAGGCUACCAAUGACACUGGGUUGCAUGGAAGCUCCAUAGAACAUGAAAAUGCAGAAUCUUCUGCUGCCCCAGCUACUUCAACAGUUCUCUUGGAUGUAUCUGAGACUACUACCCAGCCCAUUUUUGUGAAUGUGUCGUCCAUUCAGGAUGCGGGUUUAGACAAUGCAGAAAAUUUCAGCUCUGCUACAGACCAUCCUGAUGUGGUGUCCAGUGUGCUGCUUGCACCUAGUCCUACCGUCCUUGGAAACAACGAAUGGAAGCUACAAAACCUAACUGAAGACCCGCUUGACAGGUUUGACAGUGCAGGUGUUACGGAACCUGCAUCAGAAUCUGUACUUUCUAGUCAUAACACAAGCCACAAAGAGCUGCUAAGCAAUAAUGCUCUAUCAAGCAACUUAUCAGAGUCAACAUUUGCUAGCACGGGGGCAAAUACUGAACCUACGCUUGUAUCAACUGUUUAUAGAUUGCACAAUUUACGUCUGCAGAAGGCACACAGCUCUACAAUGCCCAGCAGCAUGAACAAGGUUAGUGUCAUCACCACUUCGAGCAGCAGUAUGCUACAGAAUGGUGGAACCUAUUCUACAAUAUUGCCUACAGACUCAAUUUCAUCUGAACAACCUGAAUGGCAAACUUCAAAAGCCGGUGCAACUACUAGUCAUAACCCUCUUACCAUGGAUGUGGACUCUGAGAUAACGCUGGAGAAAAAUGUAACAGAAAAGGAUGUCUCUCAACAAGAGAGCAGUGAGGACAAUACUAAUGACACUACAGUCAAUACUUUUGAAGGUCUCAGUGAUGCUGCCAUAAGUGCUUUGCCAACAAAGUCAUCAGCAAUCCAGACCAGCAGUGACACUCUCCUCUCUGCAGAUUUUGUGGGCAUGUCUCAGUCAGCGACGGAAGGCAUAAGUCAAGUGAGUUUCAACCCAACCGCUACAAGCCAUAUGCGUACAUCACCACUAGGUAAAAAUAACUCCUCUACAACACUGUCUCCUGUGCAGGUACUGACAGUACCACCCAGCACUUCAGAGCCUGCACAUUUAUCAGGGACCAGAAUGCCAGCAACACUUCAGGAAAUGUUGGUAUCAAGUAGUGCAAAAACAGACGAGCCUAUGUCAGAGGCAGUCACUAGCAGACAGAUUCACAAUGUAAUAGACUACACUGCCAACUUUACAAGUACAGUGCAACCCGGUAAUCUGGCUGAAAAUGUGUUGCACACAUUUUACCACACAGUGUCCACUAGCAGUGGCUUAGAAGAUGUCUUUGCAGGCCACGAAAACAACAGUGCUCAAUUUCCAGAUGAUGUUCAUAAUAUGACAACUACACCAAGUGUCAGGUUCACUGAUGAGGCAGACGAGUAUGGUAGUCAGGGGGCAGGACAUAAUUCUAGAAACUCUGACACACCAGGUGAAGUGGAGGGGAAUACGGAAGUACAUGACGUACUGCGUUACAACACUCCCAAAAAGAGUCACAAAAAAAAUGGGACUCUAGAAGAACCUGUGGUAACAGAGUCACAAACAUUAGAGUCCAUGUUUUCUGAGCAUACAACAUACCCAGAAGAUGAUGCAUCAGGCAACUAUUCUACUGUAGAGUCUGCAACAGUAACAGCUGAAACUGAAAGUGCAACCAGAGAUACCACAGAACUAACACCAGACGUUACAACUGUUUCGACAACAGAACUGCACAAAACCACCAAUCGAAUGUUACCAGUGACAGCAGCGACAAAGAGUCGAAGCAGAGCCACCGAUGCUGUGCCAGCACAGCCUGAGUUAGCAGUGACUGUUGAUUACUCACAAACUCUAUACAGUGAGCCUGAUGUGAAUGCAUCAUUUCCUACACAUCUAAGUGUUCCCACUUCAGACAGCUUUGCUGAUCACACAGCACGGGCAGCUACGACAUCCCAUACCAGACCUAUUGAGUUGUCAGUAAGCAUCACUGGUGCACAAUCGACAGUAUCUGAAGAGCUCUCUGCAGUAGCUUCCACAGCAGCGACUAUAAAUGUUAUGAAUAUAACAACAUUAUCUGAAGAGCUCUCUGUAGUAGCUUCCACAGCAGCAACUAUAAAUGUUAUGAAUAUAACAACAUUAUCAGAAGAGCUCUCUGUAGUAGCUUCCACAGCAGCUACUAUAAAUGCUGUGAAUAUAACAACAUCAUCUGAAGAGCUCUCUGCCGUACCUUCCACAGCAGUGACUAUAAAUGUUAUGAAUAUAACAACAUUAUCUGAAGAGCUCUCUGUAGCAGCUUCCACAGCAGCGACUAUAAAUGUUAUGAAUAUAACAUUAUCUGAAGAGCUCUUUGCAGCAGGUUCCACAGCUGCUACCACAAAUAUGGCAUCAACACUAUCUGAAGAGCUCUCUACAGUAGUUCCCAAAGCAGCUACUAUAAAUGUUACGCAUAUGCUAUCAACAUUAUCUGAAGAGUUCCCUAUUGUAGCCUCCACACCAGCUACUAUGAAUGUUACAAUGCCCCUUCUAGAAAAGUCACCUACAUCAUCUGUCAUCAACACUACUGAUUCCUACAGAAGCACACCACACCCACUGUCUACGGUGUCACAGCAUAACACCUCACACUCUCCUGCGUCCACCACCACUUGCGUUCCGCUUGAACCACCAAGGUCUCCUUCCCAUGAAUUCCGCCUUACAUUUGAGACUUCUAACGAUUUCUCAUGGGAACAAGUCGAGGCCCUUGAGCGCAGAAUCCAACUGUUUCUGAAUGACACUCCGUGCAGCAAGAAUUUUGCCCGCACCGCUUUUGCACUCGGGCCACCACAUGUGCUGAGCUGGACCAAUCCUUCCGUGAACUCUAGUUGGUGUGACCAGUCCACAGUGGACUCAAUAUUUGACUCGAUGGCAAACCAUCUAGCCAACAUCCCAACCCAGGCUAUGAUCGACACCUUCUUGCCAGAAUUUCAUGUUAUCUCUGUGCAGCUUCAGCUACGAGGAAUUUGUCUCGAAAGUAGUGCGUCAUCUUUGCCAGCUAUUGCGGGGGGUGUCGUUGGAAUCGCCUUAUCCGCAGCCCUCCUUGCUGGUUUGCUGACGCUACUGUGGAAGAUGCUUCGCAUGACAAGUUCAAGGAAGCUCAGUGUCACUCCACCUCUCCCGGAAGACUCUUUCGACCUCAAACAGCGCCGUCCUGUGCUUCUUCCGGGGGAGACUAAGCAACCGACUAACGACGGCACUCCGCAGAAGAGUCCACGGGCAAAGCCCAACCCUCCGUUUGUGGUUGACACAGACUUCUGCUACAUCAACCCGAACUUUCUGGAGGCGGUCAAACCGUCACCACCCCCACCUCCUCCAUACCGUCGGCCACUUGACCGGAGGGUUAGGAGCCUGGAGGCUGUGCCACCGUCGAGACCUAACACUACGGUUGGCAACCGUAGCCUUGGAGGAGAGCCUACGGCCGAGUUGGAGGAGCUGAACUGCACCUCGUCCAGCUCUGGAGUGGAGUCCGACGUUCAGCAUUCAGGAGAAGGAGGGAAGUGAGGUCACGAAACAUCGUGGGUACCGUUUGGGCAAAGGAUUAGUGCUGGACACUAUUGCCCUAGGUUAUGCUCAAAACAAAGUUUUUAAACGCUGCUGUGCUGACACUUGUAUGUAAAUAUUUGUCCACAAAGUGGUACCGGUCUGCAAGGUGUAUUCUAUGUAUAGGAUUCUGUGUUCAGAUUAUUUAAAGGUAUUGUACUUAUCAUAUUCUUGCCUACAUGCUUGGAUUUGAUCUACUUAUUCCUCAUGGUGGUUAUGAACAAAUAGAAAAUCUUGGGUGGGAAACAAACAGUUUAAUGAGGUGGGAAAACCAUUUGCAAUCAGGGGUCAAACUGGAAACGGAAAUCUCCUUGGUUAGAGUUCGGUAAUAUUUUUCAGUUCAAGAAUUGUCUAAUUGAAAAGUCUGCUUAGGCCAAAGCAUGCCAAUAUAAUUUGGCCAUACAUCAGCAUCACAAUAAAAGUUUUAUGAAAAAAAAAAGGAUAAACAAGAUACUCACGGUGCUUUGAUAUUGGAAUGCAAAAUUACAAAUUGGAAUUGAUAAAAAGUAGAUUGAAAUGUAGUACUUCUUCAAAAGACAGCGUGGUUCCUGUGCACUGCAGUGCAUCGAAUGCAUUGCACAAUAAAUAUUACCGUGAGGCAAUACAGCACCCUCUCAGAGUGAACAUAUGUGCACCAAAUUUCCACUCAAGGUGCAGGUUUUGACAAGGGUUAUGAAGGAUAGAUUCAUCCCUUAUACUUCAAUCUGUUCGGUUUCUCUCCUUUUCGGUUCGAAGUAGACUACAUCGGUCCCUUAUAAUUUGCAGAGGUCAUCCUGCUAGUGCAAAGCAACAUUAAACCUUGUGCAGGCUCGUAUAUGAUUCCUUUCAAAGCAAUGGAAUAAAUACAAAGACUACAGGACACAUGUACUGAGUCAACAAAGAAAGCACACACACUGCUCUCCUCCCUGCACCUGCUCACUCCUAAAAUUUCAGGUUUUUGGUGAAACCCACGUACCAUUAUGACGAUACCCAGUACUACUGUCAGACGAAGUUAUUGAACUUUCUUCAGUGACAUGUGGUAAGAUGCGCAUAACAGUUCCCCUCUGCACGUUUUAUUAGCCACAUAUGUAUCCAAAGGGCAGGCUCCUUGCUUUUAAGAGGGAAUCAUUUCUGCGCAAGACAAUAGAGAAAGUUUGUUCGCACACCGCUCAGAAACGGCGUAAAAUAUCCUCAAAACAGUAGUACUGGCAUAUUCUCCUUGCUUUACCCUUGUCAAUGACACAUUCUGUAGAAUUCCAGGACUAUCCGUUGAUUUGUAUUGAGCCCGAAUUCGCAAAUAUUUUAGUGUGCGACUAUCGAGAUGGCAGCACAUGUUCGAGACGCACCAAACUUUAAUUUAUUAAAAAUCAACGGCUCAACCUUGUCCCCUAAAACAUACAUCAUUGACUAGAGAAAAGUUGACAGAACACGCCAGUACCGAUCUUAAGAUGGUAGUUUAGAGCGUUCACGUGUCUUGUGUGAACGAAAAAUUGCCCAUAGAUUUCCGAAGAAGAGAUUCCGCCUUAAUGCGGUCCAAGUCAGGGACUUGCUCUGGCGUCUCAGUGCGGCCAUAUAUGAC